CGUCCUGGUAGUAUUACAGUGUCUGUAUUACGAUACUGCUAACAUUACGUCCAAACUGCACUACCGGUGAAAGGUCCCCUGCCAUGAGUGGACACGAAGACAAGGACCAAUGUCCCCCGGGGACAUCAGAGGAAGCAGGAGCGGAGGAAUUUACCAUGGACUACGGAACUGGGCAAGAACUGACCAUCCCGACAGCCGAUGCGAUUGUAGAUCCCCCUGAUGGGGGAAAGGCAUGGUGCUUAGUAUUCUUUUCGCUGAUUUUAGCAUCUUUGACGGAAGCAUUCAUCGUUCUUCAGCAGCCGACUCUAUUUUUGAUGAAAAGUGCAAAUAUCUCAUCUGGACAGAGCCAGGGGUUAUUUUUACCUACCUUAGAUUCUCUGUCAGCCGAAGCAAGAACAGUACUGGACACUUACAAGGCUCUGUUUUCCAUAUCAGGAAUACUUAGCGGCACUCUGACAGUCUUGAUUGGUUACCGGUGGGUGGCGCUGAUAGGAAGUGUUCUGACGGCCGUGGGAUAUCUCGGAGCCGCGUUUAGUGAUCUUUCCAAUGUCCAUCUCAUCUCCUUCCUAUACGGGGCACUGCCAGGUUAGCUCUG